CAGCGGCGGGGGCGGCGCGGCCCGAGCGGGGCCCGAGCGGGGCCGUGUCUGCGGGGCCCCCCGCCCGUCCCGGGGCCAUGGAGCCGGUCCCCGCGCGGCGGUGGCAGAAGGUGUUGUACGAGCGACAGCCCUUCCCCGAUAACUACGUGGACCAGCGGUUCCUGGAGGAGCUGCGGAAGAACGUGCACGCCCGGCAGUACCGCUACUGGGCCGUCGUCUUCCAGUCGGGAGCGGUGGUGCAGCAGCUGUGCAGCGUCUGCGUCUUCGUGCUCACAUGGUGGUACAUGGACGCCGGGAUGCUGAGCCCGCAGGGGCUCUUUGGGGCGGCCCUGGUGUCCUCGCUGCUCGGCUACGUCCUGUUCGACGCCGUGGACGGCGGGGCUGGGCGGUGGGAGAGCGGGCGGACGCGCUGGGCUGACCUCAAGAGCACGCUGGUGUUCGCCGCCUUCACCUACGGCUUCUCGCCCGUGCUGAAGACACUGACCGAGUCCAUCAGCACGGACACCAUCUACGCCAUGUCGGCCCUCAUGCUCCUGGGCCACCUCAUCUUCUUUGACUAUGGUGCCAACGCUGCCAUCGUGUCCAGCACGCUGUCCCUCAACAUGGCCAUCUUCGCCUCGGUGUGCCUGGCCUCGCGCCUUCCCCGCGCCCUCCACGCCUUCGUCAUGGUCACCUUUGCCAUGCAGAUCUUUGCCCUCUGGCCCAUGCUGCAGAAGAAGCUGAAGGCCCGGACGCCCCAGUGCUACGUGGGGGUGACGGUGCUGUUCGCGCUGGCGGCGCUGGCAGGACUGGCCACCAUCUCCAGCGUGGGUGCUGUGCUCUUUGCCUCACUGCUGCUCACCAUCUCCUGCCUCUGCCCCUACUGCCUCAUCCGCCUCCAGCUGCUCAAGGACAACAUCCACGGGCCGUGGGAUGAGGCUGAAAUCAAGGAGGACCUCUCCAGGUUCCUCAUGUAGGCCUGGCCUGGAGGGACCCUCUGCUGUGAGCAGUACAAAGGUCCUUGCUGGGGGACAGCCAUGGGCAGGAGAACAUCUGACCCAAUAAAGCCUCACACAGCAGCAA